AUGCCCGCUGUUUCAAUCUUCGACACUACAAACAUCAUUCUUGCAGACAACUCAAAGUUCUCAUUGUUGGCUCCAUUCUUGAAGCCAUGUUUCACGAUGUUGGAUUUGUUGAUAAAUUCCUCAACCGUUUCAUCCAGUGUUGCAUAUUCGCAAGCCGUUGUCAAGGCAAUGCUUGACACUUUGACGAAAGAACACACUGAGAGCCUAGUAAAGGAGAACAAGACUGUAGAAGACUCAACAACAUCCUAUCAUAUAGCGACCGAAAAAUUCGAAAAACUAGUUUCUGAAACUCAAUCAUUCAUGUCGCUCUUCCAGAACUCCUUCUAG